AUGGAAAGCCUAAACGUACAACAGGGAGAGAUGGGAAUGAGCACGACAGAGUCUAUAGAAAGAAUGCUUACUUCGUCUUUGAGGGCAUCUGGAGUUGUCAAGGGCUUCAGACAAGUCACAAAGUCUAUCAUCGGAGGAAGAUCCCACCUUGUCAUCAUGUCGAAGGAAAUCACCGAGAAAAAGAUGAAGGCAAUAAUUGAGGGCCUCGUUAAGGAGCACAAUCUCCCCAUUCUGAUGGUAAACAACCACAACGACCUUGCCAGAUACGCAGGAAUCUGCAAAACAGAUGAGACGGGAAAGAUCGUUAAAGAGGCAAAAUGCGCUGUUGCUUCGAUAGAGAACUUUGGGGACGAUCUCGAGGGAAAAGACGCCCUUUUCAGCAUGCUGGGACUAUCUAAAUAA